AUGUCUGCGCCGGCUCAGAGCGUGCCGAACCCGCAGACGUCGGCGUCGGCAGUGAACCCGCUGAACCCAAAGGGCAUCAAGCCCUGCUGCGCCUGCCCCGAGACGAAGCAGGCGCGCGACGACUGCUUCCUUCGCUUCGGACACUCGGUGGAGGAGCAUGGCCCCGACGCGCGCAAGUGCGAGGACCUCGUGCGGAGGCAUCGCGAGUGCAUGGCCAGCCUGGGGUUCAAGAUCUAG